AUGACCGUUCUCAAUCGUAGAUCAAAAACAGGAAAAGAUACCACAAUCUUGACUGCUGAAUCUUUAAAAAAAACCGAAGAAAAAAAUCAAAAGAAAAUCGAAGUAAUACAGUCGGAAGAAGAGAAAUUAAAAAACAUAUGGCAAGAUGAAGAGAUAGUAGCUGCCCCAGAAGCYAUUGAUGUUGUUUCAGAUACUAGAGUUAGACCCGAAUAUGAUGUAAAGUAUCAACAGUACGUGGGAACAGAAGAUGCGUUUUUACAAGACAUUAAACUAAACUAA